CCCGCUGCGCUACCAGUCGCUGGAGCGCGACUACGAGCGCGCGUACGCGCCGCCGCCGCCGCCCGAAGAUGACUACUACCGUCGCGAGCCGCCACCGCUUUUCCUCGGCGAGCUGCAGUCCCAGAACUCCGACCUGCAGCGCGAGCUGGGCAACCUCAAGAAGGAGCUCGAACUGACCAACCAGAAGCUGGGCUCCAGCAUGCACAGCAUAAAGACCUUCUGGAGCCCAGAGCUGAAGAAGGAGCGGGCGUUGAGGAAAGAGGAGAGCGCCAAGUACAGCCUCAUCAAUGACCAACUCAAACUGCUCAAUCAAGAAAAUCAGAAACAAGCGAUGCUGGUACGACAACUGGAAGAAGAACUCCGGUUGCGCUUGCGACAACCCGCUCCCGAGCUACAACAACAACUUGAGGCGCUGUAUGGCGAGAAUGAACACCUGCAGAGAGAGAUAGCGAUACUAAGGGAAACGAUAAAGGAGUUGGAACUAAGGAUUGAAACACAGAAGCAAACGUUACAAGCAAGAGAUGAAAGCAUCAAGAAAUUACUGGAAAUGCUACAAAAUAAAGGAAUGGGUAAAGAAGAAGAAAGACAGAUGUUUCAACAAAUGCAAGCAAUGGCACAAAAACAGGAGCUCAAGGCGACGGCGGACACGCUGCGGGCGCUGCAGGUGCAGCUGGAGCGCGCGCUGGCGGCGGCGGGGCUGCCGGGCGGCUCGGCGGGCGCCACGCUCACCGCCGUGCUGGAGACCAAGGAGGCGCGCAUCGCCACGCUGGAGCGGCAGGUCGCGCUGCUCGAAGGCGAGCUGGCCGCGCUCGGCUCGCCGCCGCCGCCCUCGCUCGCGCCCAGCCACGCCUCGCUAUACGAUAAGGCCGACCCUCCCUUCAAGCGACAAUUGGAUGAGUUUCGUCUGGAGAUUCAGAGACGAGACCAGGAGAUCCUUGGGAUGGCGGCGAAGAUGAAGGCAUUGGAGGAGCAGCAUCAAGACUAUCAGCGACACAUAGCCGUCCUUAAAGAAUCACUUUGCGCCAAAGAGGAACAUUAUAGCAUGCUCCAGACUGAUGUGGAAGAACUGAAAGCACGUCUGGAUGAAAAGAGCAGGAUGGUGGAGAAGAAGACUGCAGCAGUGCUCGCGGCCGCACACGAGUUGGCGGAGCUUAGAGAUCACUCAGAGAUCAAGGAUCGGAAGAUUAACGUGCUGCAGAGAAAGAUUGAAAACCUUGAAGACCUCCUCAAAGAAAAAGAUAAUCAAGUAGACAUGGCGAGAGCUAGACUAAACGCAAUGCAAGCGCACCAUUGUUCAUCUGAAGGUGCACUUUCCUCCCUUGAAGAAGUAAUUGGUGACAAAGAAAAACAAAUACAACAACUUAGAGAACAGAGAGAUAGAGCUGAACAUGAGAAAAAUGAAGAAAGAGAGCUGCAUGAAAGAGAGAUAGCAGAUUAUAAAAUGAAGCUUCACGCACUUGAGAGUGAAGUUGAGAAACUUGGCGCCAGGCUAGAAAGAGCUCAAGCUGAGAAAGACCGACUUGAAGCUAAAUUAGAAAGUUCACAAUCUGAGCUAGGAAAAUCAAAGGCAGAAUUGGACAAAGCGGCUAGCGAAGUUGGUAGGUCAGGCGCUGAUUGGGAAGCGGCAAAACAACGUUUGGCGAGACUUGAACUUGAGAAUGAGCGUUUAAAACACGAACUAGAAAGAUCGCAGACAACAUUCGGUAGAAGCACACUGACCACAUCUCAAGAAUUAGAUCGAGUUCAAGAGAAAGCUGAUAAGAAUGCUGCAGAGUUAAGAAGAACGCUUGCAGAACUAAGAGUAACCCAAGCGGAUGCUGAAAGAGCUAGGUCCGAAGCCAGCGCGCUGCAGGAUAAGUUAGAAAAGUCACAGGGUGAAGUCUAUCGUCUCAAAGCGAAACUUGAAAAUGCACAAACUGAACAAGAUAGUCUGAAGGAAGAAUACGAUCGCGUACAAGCUUCUGUAAGUCGUCUGCACUCCGAACGUGACAAGGCAACAGCGGAACUUGAUAAAGCACGUGAAGAACUGGAAAGGACACAAGCUACUCUCGGCAAAGCACAAUUACAGCAAGACAAACUCCAGGCAUCAUUGGAUUCCGCGCACUCAGAGAUUGAUAAACUGCAAGAGAAGUUGGAUAAAUCUGCUGUUGAAGUAAGAAAGUUGCAAGUUGAUCGAGAGAAGUCGGCCUAUGACUUCGAGUCGCUACAGUCACAGCUCGACAAAGCCCUCGGUCAAGCAGCAAGACUGCAGAAAGAACGAGACACUGCCCAACUCGACGCCGAUCGGUUCAGAGACAAGCAUGACAAAGCGCAGGCACUCGUCGCCCGUGUCCAGAAAGAGCGAGACACAGCACUAGCGGAGGCUGCUAGUUGUCGCGAGCGCGCCGAAGCUGCGGCUGCGGCAGCUAACAGGGCUGCGAGAGACAGAGACAGCGCAGCAACCGAACUCGACGUGCUUAGAGAGAGAUGGGAGAAAGCGCACCAACAACACCAGAAACUGACGAUGGAGAGAGACGAUGCCCUUACAGAGUUGGAGAUAUUGAAAGAGAAGCUCGAUAAAGCUCUUUACUCAACACAAAAGACUAUUGAAGAAAAAGAGACCGCGCACAAAGAAUACGAAAAAAUGCUUGAAAAGUAUGAUAGGUCACAAAAUGAAAUCUACCGUUUGCAAAACAAGAUAGAUAUACUUGAAGCUGAUAAAGACCGCCUUGAGUUGGAAUCGGAGAAAAAUGUUCAUUUGGCAACGAAAUCUAGAGAGGAUCAGAGGAAGCUACAAGACGAACAUGCUAGGUUACAGGAAAUGUAUGAUAGGGCAUCUUUACAACUAGGCAGAACUAAAGAACAAGAAGAAAAGGCUAAAGAGGACAUGGAUAGAUUAUGUGUAGAUAUCGAAAUGGUUCGAGAACGUUAUGAAAAGGGUCAAAUAGAAUUGCGAAGAUUGCAAGCUGAAAAAGAAAAGUUGAUUGCUGAUAAUGAACGCCAGCAAUUUGAAUAUGAUCGUGCAAUGACGCAAUGUGGUAAAGCACAAGCAUCGAAUGAAAAAACGCAGGAGGAAAUGGCUAGGGUACAAGUAGAACUCGAGAAAAUGUAUGAUAAGCAUGAUAAAGUAUCUGCCGAACUAAGAAGAGUCCAAGCAGAGUUAGAUAAAGUAAAAGCAGACGCCAGUGGAGCAAGGGAGGAAGCAGAACGAUAUGCAUCACGUUAUGGAAAGUACCAUGAUACAAAAGAAGAACAUGAACGAACAAAGUUGGAGGUGGAACGACUGCGCACACGGCUAGAGAAGACAACUCUAGAGCUGGAGCGAGCGCGGAAGGCCGAGGAGGAAGUAACCCGUCUACGCUCGGAGAUUGAACGCGUCGAAGGCCUCCGAGGUAAAUACCAAUUCGAACAGGAUAAAUGGAGUACCGAAAUAAAUCGACUACAGGGAGAGCUAGAUAAACAUCGUGAGCGCUACGAGGUAUCGCAGGCUGAAAUCCAACGUCUUCAAAGUGAAAAGGAACAAGCUGAAACUAAAUUCCAUGAACUUAAUAUACAAUUGGAACUUUCUAAGACUGAGGUUACCAAACUUAGUGCAGCAAUGGAGAAGCAACGGACAGAUCUUGAAAGAGCUCAUAUUGAAUGCGAAAAGUUUAGGGAUCGGUGUGAAAAACUUAAAUUGCGUUCAGAACAGUUAGAUAAAGAUAAUGAAAGGCUUAAGGGUGAAUUACAACAGAUCGAAAGGAUGAAAUUACAAGCUGUUGCUGGUGACAAAGCAAGGACAGAAGACAGACUCGAAAUUGAACGUCUCCGUGACAAAUUGGAAAAAGCAAUUCAAGCUAGGGAUGCGACUGAAAUGGAAGCUGGUCGUUUGGCAAAGGAACUUGAAAAGUCGCAAAUGCACCUUGCUAAAUAUCAGGAAACAAAUGAGACUACGCGAGUAGAGUACGAUAGAAUGACCAACGAAUUGGGAAGAAUGCAUGAAAGGUUAGAACGUACGAUUCUUGAAAUGCGUCAAAUUGAACAAGAACGUGACGCUUUAAGAGCUGAAAUACAGAACAUGAGGCGUAACGUGGAACAGCAACAGCGCACUCUGGACCAUAGAACGCAGGAAACAUUAGUCAAGUUGCAACAAGAAUUAGCUCAAUCGGUCCGAGAUCGAGAAAAGAUGGCAUCUAUACUAGAACAAAGAGAUAACCAAGCAGAUGCUAUAGAAAAGCAGAUAGUUAAACUUGAGGCAGAUACAAAGCAGUUGACAAUAGAACGUGAUCAAUUGGUAGCACAAUUGGAAAAGUCACAAGAUAUGCUAGUUAACUUCCAGAGAGAAUUGAAUUCAUCAGAGACCGAACUUCAGAAGCAACGUGAAGAAGUACGUAGAUUGAAGGAAGAACAAAGAAAGAUAGCUCAGGAUUCGGAACGCGGUGCUAAAUCGGUUAUCGAGAGUCGAGAUAAGGAAAUUGCCAAACUCCAACAACAUAUGCAAUCUGUUAAUAAAGAGAAAGAAGCCCUUAGGCAAAGAGCAGAAAAAGCCGAGAAAGAUGCUCAGAAGGCUGGAGAAAUUGAAAAAUGGAAAAUGGCAGUCGAAUCAGAAAAGACAAAAGCAAUUGCAGCGGAGAAAGCGUUAUCAGAAUGCCAGCAGCGUUUACAAUAUUUAGAAAAACAAUUCCAGGCGCAACAACAGCAAUUGCAGCAGCUUCAAGCGCGCGGACCAUCCGACGUGCGCGAGGUUCAAAAGCAGCUUGAAGCGGCGCAAGCGGAGGCGCGGUCGCUUGCUGUGGAAAGGGAGCGUUGCCAGUCGCAGCUCGAGAUGCUCGUUCAGGAAUUGGAGAAGAGCCAGCUCGAUCUCAGAGAAGCGAACAAGAAACUCCAACAAGCUGGCAGCCAGAGCGCCAAAGCUGGGGAAGAUACCGCUCAAGCUAGAAAACAACUACAAGAAGAAUAUAAGAAGUUGGAAGACGCGAGAAAACAAUUUGAUGAGAAUAGAAGAAUGGUUGAAAAUAAGCGUAAAGACGUGGAGGAAAAGGAGAAAUCGCUAAUGGAGUUAGACCGACAGUUAAAGAAACGAAAAGAGCAAAUGGACCAAAUGGAAGCAUCUUUGAGGAAGGCUGGCGGCAGUGCAGCGGCGGUUACGGAUCUGAACCGCAAGCUCGGAGACACGCAGAAGGAGGCUGAUCAGUUGAAGCAGCAGCUGAAAACGAGUGAGGAGGAGUCCAAGCGGUUAGCAGCAGAGACCGAGAGACUGUUGCAACUUGUGCAAAUGUCACAGGAGGAACAGGCGCAAAAAGAGAAACAAAUCAUGGAUUUGCAACAGUCUAUACGGAACCUCCAAGCCAAACUGAAAAGUCAGCAACAAGCACAAGCACAAAGAGAAGAGGAGCUAACGCAAGCGAGACAAACAGAGAUAGCGGCUAUAAGCGACCUUACAAACACACUGAAAGAAAGGGACAGACUCAAAACUAAAUUGGAAGAGAGUAGAAUGAAAAUUAUAGAUUUAGAAAUAGAACUUAAUGAGUCUUCGCUUAUACUAUCUGAAAUCCUGAAAAUAUCAGACAGCCGAGAGCUUAACAGCAUAAAGAAAAGUAAAAGCUUUUUCGAAUUACAAAAGAGUGGUAAGGUAGUGGAUAGGCUUGACCAAUGCAGAUUUAGCAAGAGCUAUAACGACCUGAUCAAUAUACAAAAAGAUAAUAACAUACAGUCAAAUGUUUAUAAAUUAACAAGGAAAGUAGCGAACCUUACAAAAGAGAUUGAAGUAAAAAAUGCUAAAAUUAUAGAACAGCAAAGGUGUAUAUCAAUUUUAGAAGACGCCUUGAGAGAGAAUAACAAUAUAGCAGAGUUCGAACAGCUAUUAACCGUAGUCAGGAGUAAAGACGAGAGGAUAAAUGAAUUAGAGCAAGUCUUAAACAAAAACCCUGGGGUUAUAACUCCAGUGUACAAUGGUAAAAGAAUAUUGGAAUUAGAAGAAGCUCUUAAAGAGUCGUUUUUAAUAGCAGCAGAAAGAGAAAAGGUUUUCUAUGAAGAGGAACAGAAGCGAAUUGACACAUUACAGAAGAUGAAGAAAAUGCAGCAACGCAUACUGUCGUUGCAGAAUGCAUCAAUAAUGAACUGCAAGACUUGUUCAUCAGUAUUGAAACGAUUGAAGCAUCUCGAAGAGUCUCUUCAGAUUUGUCAGGCGAAAAGAAACGUAGUAUUGCGGCAUCUUUCGCAUGUUGUACAUGACCUACUAGAGGGAGCUAUUUGUGACAAAGACUCGAAGAUAGCCGAGUUGGAAGUGAAAGGAGUCCUGGAUGAGUACGAGACGAAAACCUGCGAUGCGCUCAAGAGUGAAAGGGAUGAAAUGCUCAAUAGACUUAAGGUUGAGAAUGAACAAUUAGUGGAGUUUGAACGUGGUUCCAGCGAGCCAGAACACAAGGACCAAGAAGGUUCUUUACCUGGUCUGACGCUGGCCGACCACCUCGUUGCCGUCUGCGACGAAAAUGUAAUUGUCUGGGAAGAGGACAUCCCGGCAACUGUUCUGUGACGUCACAAAGCUAAGUCUUAUCGUAACUUUGUUGUGGCCUCAUCAUCACCUCACAUCACCCGCUACCUUACCAUUGCUUAUCACUAGCCUUAAUCACCAAUUCAAUAUAAGAAAAAAUACUCCCGCUUGCUAAUCUCUAGUUCACAAUACGCGAGGCUCUAUGGUUUAUCACCUUUGCCUGUAACAAAGAGGUUAUACUAAAAAACAACAAGAAACAUCAAUUCGCGUUCAAAAACCGCGCCGAAUGACCAAAGACAAUUUUCUGUUUUCACAAUUUGUUAAUUAUUCUGUAAAUAAAAAUGGGUUUUUUUUAUUUAGUUUUAUUUUUCUUAUUAAUAAUAAAAGGUCUCGAAGACGACGUAAGAACACACAGAUUCGAUUGAUAUGGAACCAAGUCUAAAAAUAUUUUAUU